UGGUGUCGCUUCCUCUUUCUGCUUCUCUGUUUCCUAACAACGACGUCAGCAUAAAUAGGAAGCGUGAGAGGCUCCCUGUCGCCUGGACAAUCCAGCAGAAGGCUGAUCCGUCCCAGCAGCAAGAGGUGCAGAGGGGGAGUCCUGGAGAGAGGACUCACAGGAGCCGGGGGCAUGGGUCUGGCCUGGCCUCCAGCUGGGGAAGAAUAGAAGAUUCCAGGCCAGUGAAAACCCCAGCCCCUGCUCAGCCCUGGACACCCCUGAGCCAGCCACCUGCUGGUCCAGAGCUGACCCAGAGAUGGUCCUGACCCAACGGCUGCUCCCCGUCAUCUUGCUGACUCUGUUCUGGGGGCCCAGCAAGGCAGGGGCCCAAGUGACCACCCCACUGCAGACUCUGAGCUGCUACAAUGACUACAGGAGCCACAUCACCUGCAGGUGGGCUAGCACUCAGGAGGCCCAGCAGCUCAUCAACCUGACGCUCUACCGGAGGCUGAAUGAGGACCCUCCAAAGCCAGUGUCCUGUGACCUCAGUAAUGACAUGGCCCUGUUAAGCCACCCUUGUCCUGGCUGUGUGCCCAGAAGAUGUGUCAUUCCCUACGAGAUUUUUGUUAUUGCUGACAAAGACUACUUCUCAUUCCGACCGGACAGGCCUCUGGGGACCCAGCUCACCAUUACUCUGACCCAGCAUGUACAGGCUCCUGCACCCAAGGACCUCCUGAUCGAUACUACUGGGGACCGCUUCCUGCUGACCUGGAGUGUGGCCCUUCCAGGUUCCCAGGGCCACUGGCUGUCCAACCUGGAGUUUGAGGUGGCCUACAAGCGGCUUCAGGACUCCUGGGAGGAGGCCUCCACCCUCCACCUCAACUCCUCCCGGGCUUUCCUGGGGCCAGAGCACCUCGUUCCCAGCAGCACCUAUGUGGCCCGAGUGCGCACCCAUCUGGCCUCCAACUCGGGGCUCUCGGGGCGGCCUAGCCAGUGGAGCCCAGAGGUCCGCUGGCACUCGCAGACAGGCGACAAGGCCCAGCCCCAGAAUGUUCAGUGCUUCUUCGACGGGGCCGCCGUGCUCAGCUGCUCCUGGGAGGUGUGGUCUGAGGUGACCAGCUCAGUCUCCUUCACCCUCUUCUACAAGCCCAGCCCCAGUGCAGGGGAGGAAGAGUGCUCCCCAGUGCUGAAGGAGGAGCUCCCCAGCCUCUUUGUCCUGCACCGAUGCCAGAUUCCCGUGCCCAACCCCGGGCACCACAGCCAGUACACCGUCUCUGUGCGGCCCAAGGAGGAAGAGAAGUUCAUCAAGAGCUCGGAAAACAUCCAGAUGGCUCGCCCGACACUCAAUGUGACCAAGAACAGAGACGGCUACACCCUGCACUGGAUGGCAAAGGAGAUGUUUUAUAAGCACAUAGGUCACACCUUCCAGGUCCAGUACAAGAAAGAUACAGUCUCAUGGGAGAAGAGCGUGACGGAGAAGCUUGAGAACGCCCACAGCAUGUCGCUGCCACCACUGGAGCCCUCGACCAGGUACCAGGCAAGAGUGAGGGUCAAGCCCACCAGGGGCUACGACGGCGUCUGGAGCGAGUGGAGUGAGGAGCACUUCUGGGACACCGACUGGGUGCUACCCAUGUGGGUCUUGGUGCUCAUCCUGGUCAUCACCACUCUGGCCUUGUUCCCUGCCCUGCACUUCUGCGGCAUGUAUGGGUACAGGCUGAACCGGAAGUGGGAGGAGAAAAUCCCCAACCCCAGCAAGAGCCACCUGUUCCAGAAUGGGAGUGCUGGGCUCUGGCUCCCAGGCACCAUGUUGGCACUCGCCAGCAAGAGCCCCCCGCACAAGGGGCUGCAGGGCAGCCACUUCCCUGAGCUGGACGGGAUGUUCCCUGUCAACUACAGGCACAGCGAGGUGUCCCCUCUCACCACAGAAGACCCGAAGGACACCUGUGAGUUGCCAUGUGAGCCUGACACAACUCCGGCCACCUCGGACGUGUACUCGGGGCAGGCCCCGGGGCCCCAGCCAGGCCGGUCAGCCGCCGCCGCAGGCAGGCCCGAGAGCCAGGCUUCCGGCUUUGACUUCAACGGCCCCUACCUGGGGCUGCCCCGCAGCCACUCCCUGCCUGACUUGAUGGGCCCCCCGGCGCCCCCGCAGGCAGGCGGGAGCCAGAAGCCGCAGCCUUCAGGGUCCCUGGAGUACCUGUGUCUGCCAGCGGGAGGGCAGGUACAGCUGGUCCCGCUGGCCCAGGUGAUGAGACAGCACCAGGCCAAGGAGGCAGAGAGGAACCCUGGCCCGGAGGCUGAGGGGAACCCCUCCCUGGAGUCAGGGGCAGGCCUGGCCCCCUCUGUACCCAGGCUGAUGGUAGGCAGUCAAGGCCCAGAGAACAGCCACAGCCCAAAGGACGGGGUGCUCACAGCUCUGCCCGCUGGCUGUGGGGGCCCCGAGGAUGGCUUUCUGGCCUCUGGCUAUGUCACCACUACAGACCUGGCACUCCCCUUGCCCACAGGGCUGCCAUCUCUCCCCAAAGCUCUCCCUCUGGGCCUGCCCUCAGACCAGAACCACAGCCUCAAUCUUGGAGUGGCUGGUGGGCCCCCUGGAGCCCCAGGCCACAGGAAGCCCGAAAUUGAGGGCUAUGUGGAUGUCCCUCCAACCCCAGACCAGUGUCCCAAGUCCCCUCUGGUCAGUCCCGCUCCUCCUACAGCCAGUAGCCCCAUCCUGAGCCCAGGGGAGCCCAGAGCAGAGGUGGCCCCCGCCUCCCCCCACCCAGAGGGGCUCCUGGUCCUGCAGCAGGUGGGUGACUACUGCUUCCUCCCUGGCCUGGGAUCUGGCCCUCUCUCGUCCCAGACUAAGCCCUCUUCCCCUGGACCCUGUCCCAAGAUUGAAGACCAUGACCAGGUGUUCCAGGCCAAGAAGGCCCUGUGCCAGGCCAUUCCCCAGAUGCCAGCCAUCCGGCACUUCAAAGCCCUCAAACAGCAGGACUAUCUGUCAUUGCCCUCCUGGGAUGUCAGUAGGCCUGAGGAGGUGUGCUGACACCCUCCAGAGCCCUGGGACCUUCCCUCCCACCAGCCCCGUCCCUGUCCACACUCCGUUCUGCAAAGCUGAGGAGUGGCUUCCCUGUUGGAGCACUGGAGGCCAGGAACUCGGUGGACCUCCUACCUUCUUACUUGACCUUCAGCCAAUCGAUUGUCCUCUCCCCGCUGGCUCCCUCUCUCUCACACAGACAACAGACACAGACACAUGCACCUUUUUCUUUCAAGUUAACUUAAUUUUAGGUUGACUUCAUUUUGGGUAUUAGAGCUUUCUAAUUUCAUUCUUUUUGCCCCUGGUUUUUUCAUUUGCUUUGUUUUGUUUUGUUUUUAUCAGCUUUCCUUGCUUUUGCCACCAUCUUCUUUGUUUUUUUUUUUGUUUUGUUUUGUUUUUUUUU